GCCGGGCAGGGAGAGGGGUGCCUGGGUGCCGGUGGGUGUCAGUGCUAGCCCCGCCCACUUGGUGAGGCAGGAGAAAGAUAACGUGGUGCCUGCCCUGUUCCUCUCACAGUAGCGCCCAGCUUCUCUCCGGGCUUGGGAUACUAUGCGCUAACAUGUCUCUCACUGGGGUCUCACCGCUCACCUCCUUCUCCAUACAGGACAUCCUUGCGCGGACUUGUAGGGACAGCAAUGGGGGCAAUGAGGGCAAUGGGGGCAAUGGGGACAAUACUGGCAAAGCCAAGAGAACGGACGAGAAAAGCUCCACUCCGCCGCACUCUCCCAGCGCUGAGGGGCACAAUGACUGGCCGCAGGCGGAUAACCCGCCACUGACACCGGAGAAAGAGAAAACGGACACGGACUCAGGGACAGAGGACUCCACUUGGGAGCCAGAAGCAGCCAGCACCGGUGCUUAUACAGAUCCUUCCUCCGGGGACUUGCUAGGAGACAGCCCCAAGUCCAGUAAGAAAAGAUCCCGGGCUGCUUUUUCUCACGCUCAGGUUUAUGAACUAGAGAGAAGGUUCAGCCUGCAGCGGUACCUCUCUGGACCUGAAAGGGCAGACCUGGCAGCAGCCCUCAAACUUACAGAGACCCAGGUAAAGAUUUGGUUUCAGAACCGGAGGUACAAGACCAAGAGGAAGCUGAUUGCCACCCAGACAGCGCCAAAGUCCUCUCUUGCACCUGCCAGAAAAGUGGCAGUCAGAGUGUUGGUAAAGGAUGACCAGAGACAAUAUUGCCCUGAGGAUAUACUGAACCCAUCCCUACUUUCUCUAUACCAUGCAUAUCAGUAUUACCCAUACAUGUACUGUCUGCCAGCCUGGGUACCCCACCUCUCCAUGUGAGGGCUCCUAUAAACACAAGCUCUGGGACUGUGGGAUUCAAGCCACUGUGUGACUCUAGCUGGCUCUCUUUGUACUGAGCCUAGCAUGAAAGGCACUUAUUGGGAUUAUAUGUGAAAAAUACACCUAACUACCUACUGUUCAUUUAAUAAAUCUCAUUCAUCCUGGUUAAGCUGUUUCAGUGCCACACUGCAAAGCAGCAGAUCUACAGCGCAAAAGGAUCAUUCCACUUAUUAUUAGCAUCCUAUGCCCUGUGUAAGUUUUUUCACACUUAUAUAUAUAUAUCUAUGUGCGUGUAUGUAUUAAAAAAAAAAACCCAUAUAUAUAUAUACACACACUUACAUAGAUAAAUGCGAUUAUAUGUUUAUCUGAGUCUUUGUAAAUAUAGCAGAGUGUGUUAACCUGCAUACAUACAUGUGUAAAUUCAUAUUUCUAAAGAGAUAUUUUUGCCUGCCCUGUAUAUUCCUUAUAAUUUAUUCAGUUUGGGCAAAAUCAAUCAACAGAGAAGAUUAAUACGUUGCCACAUGGAAACUGUAUGUAAAUACCUGUGGAUUUUUUUCUAAAUUAGAAAAUAAAUUAUAAUUUGUGUUUUUUUAAUGCAUAUAGAAUAUUUCACUGUCUAAAGGUUUUUUGUUUAACUGAGCCAAGAGGUGGAACUGUACUGUCUUCAUGUUUUUGUGGAAAUAUAAAAUCCCAAUUUAUUCAGCACCAUAAAAAAUAAGGUAUGGGGCUUUUUUUUAAGAUUAGGAUUUAACAUUGUGAACUGUUAGAGCAUUCAUUUUAUUACAUAUAAUAGUGUAGGUAUAUAUAUAUAUAUAUAUAUAUAUAUAUAUAAAUAUAUAUAUACCUUAUUGGAUAGCAAUAGAAAGACAGUUCUUUGCAAUGUGACGUAAAUAAUAACCCAUAUAAUUUUUUCUAUAGAGGGAUAAUUAAUAACAAUUCCUUACUGUUAUAUACACACAAUAAACAGAAAUUUGAACUUCUGUAAAAGUUUGCCUUGCUUUUACUUAUACUUUUUAUUAUACUUUUAAUUAUGUUUUAAUGCUGUAAGAAAUAUACAACCUACCCUUUAGCAAAAAUUUAAAAAGCAAAGAAUUCAGUCAGUAGGUUGUCGUUGCUUUUUAAAAAAAAAAAAAAAAAAGAUAUAUAGAAGUGUACUAAUUGUUUUGAUGCAGCACAAACUACAUGAUAUAUCCAAUUCAUUAUUUCAUAAUGUCUAAAUUCUAACAAUUCACUAAAAUAUUGUCUAUUAUAUUCCUUAAAAUAUAAAUAGCUGCAUGUAAGGGAAAUUUUACAAACCAGAGUAAAUUUGGGAACUAAAUGCCUGAUUUCUCACCAAACCCUUAACAUUUUCUUUAGCAAUUACUUAAAAAUAAAUGAACUUAAACAAAUUUUUGCUUUAUACACAGUGGAUAAUCUUUUUACAGUCGUUCUGCCAUAUGUUCAAGGUGUUACAAUAAAUCAUUUAUGGAUUGAAUUCAUCCAAACUAGAAUUCAUUUGAACAGGUCCUUUGCCAACCUUUUUUGAAGCAUAUUGAAAUUGUGAGUCCAAAGAGCUUUUUAUAUUAUUUUAUAAAACGGUUUCAGUUAGUAAAAUGAACCAUGCUCAUCGGGGGAUAUGGAAAAGCUGGUAGUUAAACACUAAACUUAAUAGUAUAAUAAAAUACACUUUUAGGGGCUUAUCCAGAAUACUUGGGACCUAGGGUUUACGGAUAAGGGAUCUUACUGUAAUCCCAAUAGGAUUGUUUUGCCUUCAAUAAGGAUCUCUUAUAUCUUAGUUGGGAUCAAGUACAAGGUACUGUUUUAUUAUUACAGAGAAAAGGGAAAUCAUUUUUAAAAAUGUGAAUUAUUUGAUUAAAAUAGAGUCUAUGGGAGACGGUCUUCCUGUAAUUCGGCAUAACAGAUCCCAUACCUGUACACACUUUUACACAAAAAUUACAAAUAUCGUAAUGAUACCCCCCCCCACCAGUAAAUAAACUUUUGCAGUUUUAUGGAGAAUUUAAUUAGGAACUAUUUAGCUGAUUCAUAAAAGAAAUUAUAUCUUUAUCAUAUAUUUAUUAUAUAAUGUGUUUAAAUCUAUAAUUCAUAUAUGUUCCUUACAAACGCAACCUGUCUAGGUCACAAAUUACAUCCCAUCUUCAAGCUAUUUAUUUUUAUUUAGUACAAAAUAAGGUUCAUUGCUGUACGGAAUAAGUAUUGGCACAUUAAGUAUUUGUUUGCAAUUUGAAGUAAAUUGUAGCCCAAUUUGUUAUACUCUACAGGGAUUACGACACAUCAUUAUAACACAAUCGUUAUUAUUCUGGAGACAGGAUAAAGCUGAUUUUUCUGAAAAUAUAUGUAUAGCUAAAUAUAAAAUUAUACUGUGAGGACAAUAAGAUAAAACAUCAAAAAUUUUAAAACAAAGCUUUAAAAUUGCUUUGAAAUGAUUUCAUUAAGGCAUUUUAUUUAACACAAAUGUAUACUUUAUUUGUAACUGUUUGAAUGUAAAUAUAUAAGCAACAUUCCAUUAAAACUGCAAUUAGAAUAAAUGCAUGUUUUUAAAUGGCAUAUUUUCAUUCAUAUUUUGUUAAAAUAUUCUGUAUAUUAUUAUUACUUUUGAAAAGCUGCACAGAGCUUUUAAGAUUGAUUUCUGGGUGUCACUAGCUGUAACUAUGGAAUGUUUUAAAAGCAAUCUUCUACAUACCAAGGGUUUAUAUUUGACAUAUCAGAGUAAAUAAUGGAACUGAAUCAUCUAAUUCUCCUGAGCAAUUACAUUUCAUGAGCCAUUUACCUAAGAAAAUAAUUCCACACUUUGGCUAAAAAUGCCCAAGUCUCCCUUUUCUAAUAUUUAUCUAUAUUUUAUAUAGAAUGAAUCAAACAAUCUAUAUCUUUAUGCAAUAAAUUUGUUUCUAUCUUUC